UGUGAACGCAGAGAAACGCCUCUUCAAGUGUCUGCAGAAAUGAUGGAUUAUAUAAAGAGGGAGAGAUUAAUCUGUCUUUCUCAAGCUUUAAUCUAAACUGUCUGCUCCAGACACAAAACCACCAUCUUGAAAGGGAUUACCUGAGCACUAGACUACAAAUCUGUGAUCAUGGUGGGACUGAAGCCAUCUGAUGUUCCUCCUCCUUUGGGAGUGAAGGUACUGAGUGCAGGUACUGCAGCCUGCAUCGCCGACCUCGUCACCUUCCCUCUGGACACGGCUAAAGUCAGGCUACAGAUCCAGGGUGAGAAAGUAGCAGUAGAAGCUACCAAGAACAUCCGAUAUCGUGGUGUGUUUGGGACGAUCAGCACUAUGGUGCGAACAGAGGGGCCUCGCUCGCUCUAUAACGGCCUGGUGGCCGGCCUGCAGAGACAGAUGGCCUUUGCAUCCAUACGAAUUGGCCUCUACGACAACGUCAAGAGCUUCUACACAGGAGGCAAAGAUAACCCUAACGUAGGUAUCAGGAUUCUGGCCGGCUGUACCACAGGGGCGAUGGCUGUUUCUAUGGCUCAGCCCACAGAUGUGGUGAAAGUGCGCUUCCAGGCCCAGAUGAACCUGCAGGGAGUCGCUCGUCGCUACAACGGGACCAUGCAGGCAUAUAGACAGAUCUUCCUCCUGGAGGGCCUGCGUGGACUCUGGAAAGGAACACUACCCAACAUCACAAGGAAUGCCUUAGUCAACUGCACAGAGCUUGUGUCUUAUGAUCUUAUCAAAGAAGCCAUUCUAGGACACAAGCUGAUGUCAGAUAACCUGCCGUGUCAUUUUGUCUCUGCGUUCGGCGCCGGGUUCAUCACCACUGUCAUCGCCUCUCCCGUGGACGUGGUGAAGACUCGCUACAUGAACUCUCCUCCUGGUCAAUACAGAAGUGCUGUCAACUGUGCCUGGACCAUGAUGACAAAAGAAGGACCUACAGCCUUCUACAAAGGAUUUGUGCCUUCAUUUCUCAGACUGGGAUCAUGGAACGUUGUCAUGUUUGUGUCGUUUGAGCAGCUGAAGAGAGCCAUGAUGGCCUCUAAAAAGAAGAUGGAAGCCCCCAUGUAGAGAAAGACUCUUGCUCCUAUGUUAAACGCACUGCCAUUUGUGAUGAAGAAAAACUGAUUGCGGAAAAUCAGCAAAAGCAAGCGGCUGAAUACUUAAUUUAUAAGUCUGAACGGAAGGAAAACACUUUGAACAGUGUUUUGAGAGAGAGAAAACCAGUUCAUGUUUACCGCAUGAAAAUUCAUGUUCUCUCUGAGCCUCUGUGUGUGUGCGCGUGUGUGUGUGUAUAAUGCUUUAUGAAGUACAGGUCCAGUGGUGUGGCUGUAGCUGAUAGAUGAUGAAAAGCCACCUUCUGCACUUUGUCCUCUUCUCACUAAACUACUCAAACAUACAAUGUGACUUUGCACGCAACACAACACAGCCCAUGUCUUUGUUUUUAUAAUUAUUAUUAAUACUAAUGAUUCCUUUGUUUAAAAAAGGACAAUGUGUUUUUAAUUAUAUGUUGAACUGUUUACUGUGUUUACUCACCACUCAAUUGCUAUGAGCUUGCAAUAGAAAUGCCCAUAAGCUACGAGGACAAACAAACUUUUUAUUCUAAAAUAAAUACAUAUUUAGUUAAAGUACACCAAA